AGAAACGGCCUUGAGCCGGGAGAAGUGGACUCCCGACAGCUGGUAACACAAUAGUCGAUCUCAUAAGACAUUAAUUUCAUUAGUUACUUGUCAUGCCAGCGUGUUUAUCGAAGGUGGGCGGCGGCUGCAUGCUACCUGCAGUAGCUGCUUCUGCACUGCCCUGCAUCGGCGGUUGGGCCGGCAGCUACGCCGUCAGGCAUAACUAUUCCGGCUGGUACACGACUUUGAAUAAACCUAAAUGGACCCCUCCAUCGUAUGUUUUUGCUCCUGUCUGGACUACACUGUAUGCUGGAAUGGGUUUUGCUUCAUAUCUGGUUUGGCGUGACGGAGGAGGAUUUAACGGUGUGGCCAAAAUGCCACUUAUGCUCUAUGCUACCCAACUAGCAUUGAACUGGAUGUGGACACCAAUAUUUUUCUCUUAUCAUUCAAUAAAAUGGGGACUUUUUGAUGUAGGACUGCUGAGCGUGACCGCAGGUUGUUGCGCUGUUGCUUUCCAUAAAGUUAACCAAUCUGCUGGUUUACUCAUGCUUCCAUAUCUAGGAUGGUUGGGCGUUGCAACAUCUCUUAAUUAUUACAUUUUUCAACAUAAUGAAAUUGAAUCUAAAAAAGAGGAAGAGUAAGUUUUCCACAAAGUUUAACAAUUAGCAAUGAUAAUCAUGCUCAAAGUUCAAAGGAUGAUGCACUAAUUUAUAAAAAGUGAGUUAAAAUUGUACAUUAAAAUAAAUAAAGCUUGUGUUCAAAUUAGUUAAAAUA